UGCGAUGACACACUUCCACACACUCACAUACACAUACACACACCGUCACGGCCUCUCCCUGGCUAGUUACCGUGUUUCUACUGUUUCUGUCGGUUAAAACAGCUAAACCAGACCGGACCGGGACCGUAACAGCCGACAGUUUCCGUUACAAACCGCGGAAAUGUCGUUAAUGUAACAGUUACAUGACUGCGUGUUGCGUUUAGGGCUCCGGAGGAGAGCGUCUGUAAGGCAGUCUGAGAUUUUAAACGGGCUUGAGGACGCGCUGUCGGCGGAUACAUCGUUGAGGACUGUCCCGGACGCUAGCUAACCGAGUGUCAUCCUCUCCCUCGUCGGUGUUUUCAUCCCCAGUUGUCCCGCGGUGGUCUUCACCCCUUCACCCCGGCAGCCAUGGCAGGAGGACGGACAGUUUUCGGUUUGCUAGCGCUGCUCUGUUUUGACUUCCACCCCUGCGGCUCAUUCAACCUGGACGUGGACAAACCCUCCGUGUUCUCCGGACCGGACGGAAGCUACUUCGGCUUCUCGGUGGACUUCUUCCAGCCUCCAAACAAACAAAAGUCGGAUGUUCUGGUUGGCGCUCCUCGGGCCAACACAUCGGAACCCAGCAACGUUGUGGAGAGAGGGGCUGUGUACAGUUGCCCCUGGAGGAGCAGCAGGUGUCAGCAGCUGGUGUUUGACAACUCAGAUGACAGGAUCAAUGCAGAUGAUGUACCAAUGGAGUUUAAGUCCAAACAGUGGUUUGGAGCUUCAGUCCGAUCUCAUGGAGAACACAUCCUGGCCUGUGCUCCUCUGUACCAGUGGUCGACCUUUGGUGUCUCUGAGCGAGAGCCAGUCGGAACGUGUUACCUGAAGAAAGGAGGCACCGUGGUCGAGUAUUCACCCUGCAGAACACGUGCCAACUCACCUGAAGGACAGGGGUUCUGCCAGGCUGGCUUCAGUGCAGACUUCCUUAAGACGAACAACAGAGUGGUAGUGGGAGGACCUGGCAGCUUCUACUGGCAGGGCCAGCUGAUUUCCGAUGACAUAUCAGAGAUUUUUAACCGGUUCAGCAGAGAUUACAUCACGCCGUAUGGAAACACCCUCACCACCAAGUCAGCCAGCGCUCAGUACGACGACAGUUACCUAGGAUACUCCGUGACAGUCGGAGACUUCAAUGACGAUGGGAAGGACGAUUAUGUGACCGGGGUACCCAGAGGGGACAAAGCAAUGGGAUAUGUGAAUAUCUUCAACGGCCUCAACAUGGAGUCCAUGGUCAACUUCACAGGACCGCAGAUGGCUGCCUACUUUGGACACUCUGUAGCUGCCACUGACGUUAACAACGAUGGUUUGAUAGAUCUGUUGGUCGGUGCACCUCUUUUCAUGGACAGAGGAUCAGACGGCAAACUGAGGGAGGUGGGACAGGUGUCCGUGUUCCUGGGUCGAGGUGGGUUUUCGUUUCAUCCAUCCCAGAUGCUGACAGGGACGGAGGUCUACGCUAGAUAUGGCUCUGCCAUCGCAGCGCUUGGAGACCUGGACAUGGACGGCUUCAACGAUGUGGCCAUCUCUGCCCCGUACGGAGGUCCCGACCACCAUGGCUUAGUCUACAUCCACAAUGGCCGCCCCCGGGGGCCUGACCCUUCAGCCUCCCAGGUCCUGCAGGGUAAAUGGGCAUCCAGCUACAUGCCCGCUAGCUUUGGAUACUCCAUGACAGGAAAUACUGACAUAGACCAGAACGGAUACCCAGAUUUAAUAGUGGGAGCUUUCGGAGCAGACAAAGCUGUUUUAUACAGAGCCCGUCCAGUAAUUGGUGUGAAUGCAACGUUAGACAUGACACCUCAGAUCAUCAACCCCGAAGAAAAGACCUGCACAAUCCCUAGUACCAGCACACAGGUGUCCUGUUUUAAGGUGAAGUACUGCCUGAAGGCUAGUGGCCGAGGGGCUCCCGAUACUCUCACAUUCCGCGUGGACCUCAUCUUGGACCGUCUGAAGCAGAAGGAGGCGACUAAACGCGUCCUCUUCCUGCACAGUCGGACCUUUCAGUAUUCUAAGAACAUGACGGUGUCGAACGGCAGAGGUCCGACCUGUGAGGAGCAGCCCGUCUUUCUGAGAGACGACCGAGAGUUUCGGGAUAAGAUCACCCCCAUCUCCGUGGUGAUGGAGUACAGUCUGGACUACCAGCAGGCUGCGGACCAGAGCGGACUGUUGCCCAUCCUGGACAUGUCCGCCCCAUCCAACAUCACCAAGCAGGCUCACAUCCUGUUGGACUGUGGAGAUGACAACAUCUGUAAGCCGGACCUGAGGUUGUCAGUGAAGAGUGAUCGACAGCAGAUCUACAUUGGCGAUGAUAAUGCUCUGACGCUGGAGGUCAGUGCUGAGAACCAGGGAGAGGGGGCUUACGAGGCCGAACUCCACGUCUACCCUCCUCAGCAGGCUGACUUCACCGGAGUGGUCCGCAGUCAGACCCUCACCAGGCUGUCCUGUGCUUACAAAAAAGAAAACCAAACCAAGAUGGUGGUGUGUGAUCUGGGAAACCCCAUGAAGGGAGGAACCAAGGUGUUGGCGGAGUUGCGGUUCAGUGUUCACCAGCUGUCGGAGGAGGACACUUCAGUCAACUUUGAACUGCAGAUCGUCAGCUCUAACCAGUUCGACAACACCAGUCCUCGGGUCUCCACCACCACCAAGCUCGCUGUGCUCACUAAAGUUUCCAUAAGAGGAACGUCGUCUCCUGGACAAGUGCUGCUUCCUAUUGCAAACUGGAAACCUAGAGAACCUCCAGUGGUUGGAGAUGAUAUCGGACCACAAAUAUUGCUUGUCUAUGAGCUCCUGAACAACGGGCCCAGUACCUUCAGUAAAGCGGCUCUGGAGGUGAAGUGGCCGUACCACUAUAGGAACGGCUCCCUGCUCUACAUCACCAGCUACGACACCGAGGGACCCAUCAACUGCACCACCGACAUGGAGAUCAACCCACUCAACGUUUCUAACCCAGUGACACCAGAGAAGAACAACACCCUGGUUCCAUCCAGAGAUAGAGAGACUGAAGGACGAAACCGAAACCAUGUGCGAAAAAGAGACCUGGAGUCUCGAGACGCACAGAGUGACCUGCAGACACUGGACUGCAGCACAGCAGAGUGUCUGCGGAUGAAAUGUCUGGUCGGUCGAUUGGAGAAGGGGAAGAACGCCAUCCUCUUUGUUUACUCCAGACUGGCUGUGAACAACUUCCUCAGGGUUGAGAAUCAGAAUCGGUCUUAUGUGGUUCAGUCGACGGCUUCCUUCAGCGUCAUAGAGAUUCCAUACAAGAAGCUGGAGUUUGACCUGCCGUCGAAUAGUACAACUGUGAGUGUGUCGGUGCUGUGGGUGGCAGAUGCCCCUCAGCCAGUGCCUGGGUGGGUGGUGGCUGCUGUCCUGGCAGGACUGCUGCUGCUGGCUCUGCUCAUCUUCAUCAUGUACAAGUUGGGCUUCUUCAAGCGGGUCCGUCCCCCACAGGAGGACUGUGCCGAGAAGGAGCAGCUCCAGCCGGAGGAGAACGGCAACACUGACGCCUAGAGGAGACUCUGAGCACCCCUAACCCACCUCCCACCCCCAACCUGCCUGUAUACAAUGGACGUUCAGGAGAGAGAAUUUCAGGUAAAGUUCCUUCGGAGAGAGAAUAAUGAAUUUCACUGUAUUCACUGUUAAAACGGCCGAUAAUGGUACUGGUCAAGUGUUCUGUUUUUCUUGUUUUACUACAUAUGCUGUGUUAGCGCCAAACGCAAAGCUCACACUCACAGGUGCAACACUCAUAGCUUUAGUCCAGGGGUGUCAAACUCAUUUUCUGUCAGGGGCCACAUUCAGCCCGAUAUGAUCUCAAAUGGGUCAAACCAGUAAAAUAAUAGCAUUAUAGCCUAUAAAUAAUGACAACUUUGUUUU